GCCCUAACAUCCAAUCUAAGUUUGCAGCCAAGCAACCCAUCUGAUGUUCUCCUGGUUAACCCAAUACAGUUAAACUCUACAAAUCCAAAUCACUAUAGAAGUGAUGUUCUGGCGAAGUUGAUCCCUUUAAUGCUAAAUCCAUCUGGAAUGAGAAACUUUUAUGCAGAUGUGGCUAAUUGUCCUACCUGGUUCCCAAAAGAUUGUGUUCAGUUUAGAAGACCAAACCAUCCAAAACCUGGUGAAAAACGAAUGACAGCAAAAGAAAUGAGAAUAAUAAUAAUAAUAAUAAUUAUCAUUAUUAUUAUUGUGACUUUACAGCACACAAAGAGACAAGAUGUGAGAGGUAAGAUGAUAACAAUAGGAUGGUAGUGCUGAGGGUCUGCUGGAGGUAUACACCAGCAGCCUAAC